AGAGACGAUUGGUGUUCCCUCUCGUAUGAACAUUAAAUGCCAUUAAAGAAACAAUGAAGAUGAUUUUCUUUCGGCAAAAUGUUGCUGUCAGGUCGACUACAGGCACAUCGACUCAGUUGGGAAUUGUUUCAGAGCAAAAUCCCGGUGUUCCUUCCUGUUGUCGACAUCGCUGGCCUAGUGAAAGGCGCUAGCCUGGGAAAUGCCUUCCUGUCCCACAUCAGCAGCGCCUGUGACAUCUUCUCCAUGAAACGUGCAUUCAACGAUGGGGAUAUCAUCUAUGUUGAGGGGACCCAGUGAGGGACAUGGAGAUCAUCCACGAGGAGCCGAGCCUAAAGGACGAAGAGAUGAUGGUCCCUAUUAUUGACAAGCUGGAGAAGACGGCCAUUAGAGGCGACGACAAGAACCUCAAACUAAAUAUAUCGGUGCUUGUUUCUCACAUUUGCACCAUAAACCUGUCGGAGGAAGUCUACAUCAGGGAAAAGAACAAAUGGAAAUAUCCACAGUGUUGUCGACACUCUUUCUACCGCCCAACCCUUUCCCUUCGCAUGCACGCCGAGAAGAUUCACUGA